CGCUCCUGCCUGUAUAUAAUAACUGCGGUCCUUCAAGGAACCGGGAGCCACGGGAAGGAUUUCUCGAAAUACUGUGUAAGUGAGGGGCUGAGACCUGCGAAACCUCGGUUCGGCGGUAACGGAGUGAGUAAUUAGAUCAAAACAUCAUAGAACAACAUGUCGCCAGUCACCCAACUGUUAGCCGCCGCGGCACUGGCGCUGGCGCCGGGCGCGCUGGGCGCCCAUCUGAUCGCGUCUCACUUCUCGGGCACCGUCUACAGCCUGUCCUUCACCAGCUCAUCCAACUCGACGGGCACGCUGUCCGUCACGUCCGAGACGGACGGGUGCGGCGCCACGCCCGCCUGGCUGCAGCUGUACUCCGACACGGGCAAGGUGUACUGCUUUGACGAGUCGUGGCUGGGCUCCGGCUCGAGCGCCGAGUACGAGAUCGCCGACGACGGCAGCCUCACGCUGACCGGGACUCUGCAGACCACCGGAAACAGCGUCCACGGCGCGCUGUACGGUGGCGCCGACGGCAAGGGCUUCGUGGCCACGGUCGAGUACACCCCCUCGACGCUGACGACGUACAAGAUGCCCUUUGGGGGGGGCCAGCGACUGGCGCUGGAAAAGUUCACCAUGGAAGGGCAAGGGCCGAACCCGCGGCAGGACGUUCCGCACCCGCACGAGGCGCAGGUCGACCCGACGGGCAACUACAUGGUCGUGCCGGACUUGGGCGCCGACCUCCUACGCGUGUUCCGGAUCAACGCCGAGACGGGCGAGCUGACGGCCUGCUCCGAGGGCCAGGCCGGCCCGGGCGACGGGCCGCGCCACAUUGUGUUCUGGAAGAAUGCCGAGGGCCUGCAGAAGGCCUACGUCGUCAACGAGCUCGGCAACUCGGUCUCGGCCUGGGACGUCGAGUACCCGGAGGACGACGACGACGACGAGGCGGCCGCAGGAGGCUGCCUCGCGCUCAACAAGACGCAGACGCUGUCGACCUACGAGCCCGGCACGAGCGGGGGGCCGACGACCAAGGCGGCCGAGAUCCGCGUCGUCGGCAACUUCCUGUACGCGAGCAACCGGGCGGACGAGACAUUCGGCCCCGGGCAGGACUCGAUCGCCACCUACACCAUCGACGAGCAGACGGGCGAGCUCGCCUGGCUCGGGGCCGCCAACUCGUACUCGUACUACCCGCGCACCUUCGAGUUCAACCGCGACGGCACCCUGGUCGCCGUCGGCGGCCAGACCUCGUCCAACGUCGCCAUCAUCGCCCGCGACCCGGACACCGGCAAGUUGGGCAACCUGGUCGCCAACCUCGAGGUCGGCCGGAAGGGCCGCGCCGGCCAGGAGGACGGCCUGAGCGCAGUCGUCUGGGUGCAGUAAAGGGGGCAAAGGGGGCAAAGGGGGAAUUACCUCUUUCGGUUAUUAUCCUCAAGGGCUACGAAGACGUCAUCCUCGACCCGGCCGACCCCGUCUCCCCCAUCAUCGAUGAUGACACUGCUAGGUUGAACACAAGUUGAAUUGAGACCUCUAUGUAUAUAUUGUCUGUGUAUGUAUGUGUAAGCCAUUAAUUAUUACCAGGUUUGGUUGGCAUAAUUAAUUAGUAGUCCCUCCCAAAUUCCACCCGUCAUAUUCUUGAUCACAACACCGGACUCCCGCCUUUCUCUGGCCCUAGGAGACAAAACAGAGCAACUUCCCAAA